UUUUUCACAGUCCGUGAGCCGAAUGGCAACAACGCCGGACCAGACCCCAAAAAACAUUAAAGAAAAUAACAACAGCAAAGAAACUCAGAAAAGCAAAGGAAAGCUCUCAAUUUCUUGAUUUAUUUUCAGUCACCAUUUGGAGGUUUCAAAGUCUCUCGGAAACGCAGUUUCUCUCUGAGUCAUGCAGGUGAUAUUCAAAGUGAAAUUCUAGGAGACUGUUGUAAAUUCGAGCCAUUUGCAUCAAUUCAUUUUUAGAUGAGCCAGCAGGGUCAAGGAAUGAGCUCUUUUUCUCCAUCGGAUGCCCCUGUAAAACGGAAACGUGGUCGUCCACGUAAAGAUGAUACUCAAAUACAGGGGGAGAACUUGCCUGGAUCUGACAUUUUAAAGAAAAACAAGCAGAUUGUGGGUGCUAGUAGUGCUGACAUUGAUGAUGUGGUGGGUCAGAUGGUUUCUGGUGUCAUUGAAGGUUCAUUUGAUGCUGGAUAUUUUCUUAAUGUUAAAGUAGGUGAUACUGAGACCCAGCUGAGGGGUGUUGUAUUUUUGCCGGGGCAAUUCACUCCAAUCACUGAAACAAAUGAUGUGGCACCAAAUGCUAAGAUGUACAAAAGAAAAGAGAUACCCAUCCCAGUUCAAACCCCACAAACUUGGGACCAUCCAUCUGAACAAAUUAAAGAGCAAGCUACUGAAUCUAAAAUAGAUGCACCUAAACUUUCAGAUCAAGUUUUUCCCUUUGAGCUUCAGUCAGGCAUCCCAGUUGCAGGUGAGAACCAAUCUGCCUCUGUUAUAAUACCUUUAGCUGAUAACUUGCCUGUGAAUGAGCCAGAUCUUUCCUUGGGAGAAAAAAUGGUGUUGCAGCAAACAUCAGAAACAGAGUCUGGGCUUGACAUGCAAACUGCAUCAAUAAUAGCACAACUAAAACAAGAUAAAGUUGUUGAACAGGAUAUACUGCAGCUGGGAACGAAGAUGGACGUUGAUGCUACAAAAGAAUCAGAGCCCAUGACUACCCCAAUUGUUGAUGUUAUUCCAUCUACCAGAAGUGCUAGUCAGGCUCCUCAAGUUGAACAUCAAGCUUUGAGUUUUGACCUUCUGCCAAAUGAUUUGGUUCCUAACGAAGUGAAGAGUCUGAACAUUGAAGACAACCAGACUACUGUAUCUGCUGAAUCCGAAUCUUUGUCCGCUGUACCCAUUGGAAUCAGCAUUUUCAUGCAGGAAAAAAACCUUGAACACAACCCAGCUCCUUUAUUUGUUGAAUCUGAACCCACUUGUUCUGAGCCAAUUGGGAUGAACGAUAUGAUUGAUGGGCAGAAUUCUCUUGAGAAAACAAUACAAGAUCCACAGUCACAGCUUGAUAACAAAACAGUUGGUGAGAAUGAGUCAUCUCUGCCAGUAAAUGAAGCUGCUCCUAACAUCGCAGCUAUAACUUCAUUGGCUCCACCAAUAACCAGCCUGUCAGUAAUGAUGUACGGAGCAGCUAUUGCAUCUGAAUCGGAACCAGGCAACGAAGGAUCUGCUUUUCCAAAAAUUCUUGAGACCCAAAUAUGUAGUUCUGCAGAAUCUGAUAUCAAAGAUGCCAUUACACACACUCAUUUAGAUUUACCUAGUGGUGUUAAUCUAUCUGGUUCAGGCUGAUUCCUUUGAGAACUAAAGACAGAAGAAAGGCUUUGUUAUAAUGAGCAUAUAUUUUCUAGUGUUAGGAAUAAAAAGAUUAUGCUACUUAAGGGUAAUUCAGAGUUAGUUUAAUCUGCUCUGGAUAAUUUUGUAAUGAUAGUUCCUGCAAUCUGAUACUCAACUUUGGUUUUGAUA